AUUUCUAAAUUUGUUACCGCCCUACAUUAGAUCAAAUACAAUUAUUGCUCAAUUUACUAGUUUCUGUCAAUCUUUAUAUUUAGAUUUAGAUCGUCAUUUAUUUUUACAAUACAGCUGUAUUCAUAAAUCAUAAAUUUUCAGAAGAUAAAUCUUAAAUAUGGUUUUUAUCUGAAACUAGACAAAUUCGAUAGUCUAAUGUGGAGACAGAAACAAAGGUUUUGGCCGAAAAUGAAUCUUAUAUCUGGGCUUCUUUUCUCCACCUUUCUUUUCGGAGGUAUUUCAAUCAACAAAUAUGUUCUCUCAGUUCUGGGCUUCAAAUAUCCAACAAUAUUUCAGGGAUGGAACACACUGGUGGGGUUGGUUGUGUACAAGAUGUUAAAUAUAUUCAAAAAGUCUGAAUAUCCUCUAACACCAGUUGACAGAACCGGUUUUUUAUCUCUUCUACCUGGACUACUUUUUCAUACAACAGCACUGAUCGCUAAUUCAAAGGCGUUAGCUGAUUUACCUAUUAGUGUGUAUAUAGCUGUACAGAACACACUUCCUGCAGGAAUUUAUUUGUUGGAUAGAGUUUUCCCUGGUCGACCCCCCACCUCCCCACUUCAGGGGAUCUGUUCUAUCUUAACCCUUUUUACAGGUGUUGGUUUAGUGAUUGGGGAAACCAGCCUAGACUUUCAAGAUUCAGCAUACUUUUGGAUCAUUAUAGGAAUAGCCUGUUCAGUCGCCUCCACACUUCACUCAAGGAUUGCAGAUGCAAGAUUCACCUCAUGGGACCGGCUUUACUACUCUUCAGUUUUCUCUGUAAUUAUUCUUGCUCCUGCUAGUCUGUAUCUGGAAGAGGCAUUUCUUGCUCUUAACUUCAGACAUGAUAAGCAGGGUCUUUUCCUGACUGGUUGCUUGUUUUCUGCUCUUUUCACAGCUUCCUUCAACAUAUAUACUGUCAGAUUGAAGGAAGACGAGUACUUUGGACUUCUUCUCAAUAUGGCAAGCGCUGGAACAGCUGUCCUCUCCAUCUUUCUAUUCUCAGCUGAUUUAAAAUGGUGGCAAUGGACACUGAUCGGAGUCAACCUGGUGACCACUGUUCCCCUACCUGCCCAUCAAGGUAGAGAUGAUGAUCUUCAACCUGUAGGAGUUCUUCAGGGGGCAGCUUAUAAACCUCUGUCACAACAAGAAGGAGUGAUACUUCAAUAGAACUUCUAAAAGUUUCACAAGGGGAGGUACCCUCUCCUUGCAGAUAGAAAUGAUACUUAAAUCAUAGAACUUUUAGGAGUACCACAAGGGGAGUUUUCUAUCCUAUCCCUUUCUAGUAGUAAUUGAUAUUUAAAUCAUAUACAUAUAUCAUAAGGGGAGGUUUCAACUCACCCUCUUAGCAGA